GGUUCGGUCGUCCAGCCGACAGGUUGCUUAAUUAUUAAUAUUGGCUGCAAUUUCAUCCUGCUUAAGAUCGGCAAGUAGGUCGCGGGACUGGUUUUGGCGCUCUUUGUUAUUUAUCGUGCGACGCGAUCGAGCACGCACGCCCCGACAACUCUUCGAGAAAAUGUCAACGGGGUGUAGCGGUGGUAGUAGUAUCGCGAUUGAAAUUCGUUUCUUCGUGUCCUCGAUAUACUUGGUCGCACGCGUUGCCGCUACAGGGUGUCUUCUUUCAUCUAAAGUAUCUUUUCGAGGAAAGAAAUUUUUUCGUUGAAAAUUAUUCUCGGUUCUUUCGAAACGAGAUGAAUCGCGCCAAUAAUUAUUCCGUGCUAAGGUCGAUUCUUUGUUAAUUUAGGAACUUUAAAUACAAAAGUAUAUCCCAAUCUUUUAUUAAUUUAAGUAUCUUCUAAAUUAUCGAUAUAUUCUUCGAGAUGAAUAGCUUAAUACUUUUUUUACGUUUUUGGAAUAUAAAAGCUACAUGAAUUAGAGGAUAAGAUUAAAAGUAGAAAUAUUAUUUGAUAUCAAGUUUUAUCAUAUAUUAAUCGAUUCUAAAUUAAAUAGACAAAAGUAUAUCUUUUCCUCUCGUCAAGCUUAAUAUCUCGUUUUAUUUUUAUUAAAAAGGACACCGUGUAUUAAGUGUAUCUUUCAAUGUACACGUGUGAAUACGCGUGUGGCCUUCUCAUUAUCGCGAGACUCGCGAAUGAUAAACGCAAUCGACUCGAGUGACAAUUUUUUUUUUCCUUUUUCUCUUUUUUCUUUCCUUUCUCCUUCCCUCUUCACCGAUGAGGCCGCGCGAAUCAAGCGUGUACACUGUUCCCGAUCACGUUGUGUUUGCUCCUCGCGUGCACAACUCUCUCUUCUUGCAUCGUCGGGAAGAACGAUUUUUUUGCUCCAACCAGCCUUGUUUCUCUUUUCACGGAGGAGGAUCUUGCUUUCUUCAUUUAUCUUUGAUGAAGAAGUUCGAGUAUCCUUUCACUGAAAGAAAAUUUUUGUAUCUUUUCUUCCUUCUUAAUCUUCUCCACGCCAACCCUUUAUCUUUUAGAAGGAAAAAUUGUUUCACCUUAUUGGAAUUAUUCGAAUUAACCGACUGAGAAUAAAUUCGUGAAUUUUUUUCCCUCUAAAUGAAAUGAAAUUUGUUUUGGGAAUAGAUUGAUCGAGGACAAAGGCGAAAAUUUCCAAGAAUUACACGUGUAAAUAUUAUUUACACAAACGUUUGGCCGAGCAAAAAAGGCCUCGUUGUAAAAGGCCUUGGAACCGUUACGAGGAAAGAGUAACGUCGAUUCAACGAUACUGGACCACCGAGUUCUAAUCAAGUAUCGACGAGAUAUAGGCGAGGGCGGAGGGGGAGGCGACGAGCAUCGCGAUUCGUUGAUUUCAAUCUGCGAAAGGUUGUCCGCCGUAAUUGGUAGAUUUCUCGUUUCCGUUUCGCUUGUUGUGAACGCGGCACAAACGGGUGACAAAGCUUGCGCCGCGAUACACGAUCGAUGAUUAACCUUCUUUUCAUCUUACAUCCGUGAAAUUCUUUAUUUAACGGAACGGAUAGAAAUCUCGAUUCGAGGGGGGGAAAAAAGGGAAAAACAUAUGUAUUAUUCGAUCCUGUUCGCAAAGAUAUGCUUCGAUCGAUCGAUCGAUCGAUUCGAGAAGGUGAUGUUAUAUUUCGACGAAACGUCGAAUAAUGGACGGUGGUGUAAUAAUCGUCGUAACAGCGUUGGGGGGAAAAUUUAGCACAAUAAUGACAAUAAUGACGGCGCAUAUUGAGAAAGCAAUUAUUUUGAUCAAGAAUCAAACGACAAACAAGAAUUGGAUAAAUAAUUUAUUUCGUGACAUGACAAACAAAUCGUUUAAUCGUGAAUAUAUAUAUAUAUAUUAAUCCGCUCUUUACACACUUUAAAAUAAACGUUGUAAUAACCGUUGUUGUUAUCGCUUGGAAUUUAAUAAUGCGCCUACUCUUUCGUUGCGUGAAAUUUUUUCCAACCCGGUUUUCGCAUCAUCGAGAUCUUAUUGCGAGAGAUAAUUGAUACGCGAUUUAAAUGCGCAUUAUUUGCGAGAGAUUUAAUUUUAAUUCGAAUUAUAAACGUAAAUAUAUCCCGUUACAUAGGGAGGAUUAUCAAAUUAUUCGAGAUUAUACGUUACAUAAAUAUAUUUGUGAACGUUCUACAUCGAUAUAUUAUCCCAUAUUUUAAUAAAUAAUUUUUAUAAUUAUACCUCGAACGUCGAAUAAUUUUGCUUGGAAAAAAAAAAAGUAAUUCGUUCGUCGAAAGAAAUCCAUAUAUUCAUAUAUAUAAACUUCGACAAACGAUUUUUUCAAAUGUUCAAGAACCGGUAAAUAACUUAGUUUGUCCUACUAAUGAUAAAUAAAUUAUAAAAAAAAUUAUAAACAUACCGAAUCGUGUAUAUUUCUCGCUUUUGAUAAUUUGAACGAAAUUUGAACAAAAUCCACCAAUCGCGCGAAUCCAGUUUCGAAAGGAAGUGGAUACCGAUUGGCUCGAUCCGAAUCCCUCGUUCGAUUGCCGGUGAAAGUGGGAGGGGACGAGUUGACGAUUGAAAUAUCGCGCGUUUUCGAACGCCAUCUUCGAAACGAGGCGAGGAAGGCAUCGUGGCACCGACUUCCGCUCAGAGCGCGCCGGAUUCCACCAUAAGGUGAACACGUGUCGCCGUGAUAAUAGAUACGCUCUGUGGAACGAUGCCGCCGGACGAGAACACGAAUAUCUUCUCCGUGAUCAAGGCCGUGAUAAGUGAUCCGUUGUUUAAGCAAAUAGCCUCGCGGAUAAUUAACAAGGGUUUAGAUUUGUUUCAGAUAAAGGAUAUCGUAGAGGAAAGGGAGCGAAAUGAAACGAGAUCACCGUUCAACGCUGCCCAACCGUCUGCUCGCGUUCGAAGAUCGAAGUUUUAUUAAGUGGGGAGCGUUUAAAAAUCGUGAAGAAUUAUGGUCGAGGGAGAAAUUAUCGUUAAUUAUCGCGUUAUAGACAUGUCGCACGAAUCUUUGAAUAUUAUCGUAGAAUCCACGAAAAACGAUCUCGAUAUCAAUGGCAACUUGGUGUCGAACUAGAAGGGGGAACUGGAAGAGGAUUUCGAAAGACGUUGCGUAAAUUUUGCAUUACGAUCUGGGAAGAGGAGGAGGAGCAUCGAAGAGGAAACAAACUGCUCAAGAAUUUAACUCACAGACACGAGACGCGAGCAAAAUUGUAUUCUAAUUCCAUUUUUUUCUUCUUUUUUUUUUUCUCUCUCUCUUUCUUUUUUCUCUUUUCCCGUCAUCCUGCUCGAGAGACGAGAUUUAACGAGAUGUAAACACUGUAAAAUCGUGAUAAGCAAGAAAUCCUUUUUCUCUUUGGUAGCACGGGAAAAAGUAAUCGGUGGAGAGGUGUAAAAUAAUGUAUCGUUGCUCGGCAAGCACUAGUCACAAAAAUUAUAUUCCGUCUCUUUCUUAAAGUUAAAAUGUCCUCAUCUGCAUCAUUUUCGAGCUUCGUUUGAACAGAUGUGAAGUUUUAUCGUUUUCUUUUUCCUUUUCCAUUCCUGUUUCUUCGAUCUUUGGAAGAUUUUAAUUUUACUUACGAGGCGUGGAAUUUCAAAUUAUUUCGAUAUACUUGUGAAAAAAAAUGAUGGUAGAUGGGAUAUUUUAAUGAAAGAGGAGGGGAUGGACAGUAUUCAUACGCAUCUGAUUUGAUUUAUCAGAUUCUUGGUGUUUAAGUUAAAAUGUCUUGUAUCUAGAAUUCGAGUGAUCUGAAGUUUUACCUUUUUCUUUUUCUUUUUUUAUAGAUUGGAAGUUUUUCGAAUCUUUGGAAAAAUCUUUUUAAUUUUUACUUGAAAAGAUGUACGAACUUCAGAUUUAUCUCGAUAAAAUAAGAUUGAAAUAUAGAGAAAGAUAGGACAGAUUUAAUUAGAAAGAGGAAUAUAUUUAUAAGCAUGCGUUAUUUAAUCAAGUAAAUUUAACAUUCUUCAUGGUAAAAAUAUCGUAUUUACAAGUGUGAAAUUUCGUCAUUCUUUUAGGAUAGAAUGAAUUAAGAUUGUUUCUUGAAAGAUUGUACAAGCUUUUCUAAUAUUCUUCUGAGAGGAAAGACGAAGGAUGGAAUGUUGCAAGAUACAAUUAAACUGAAUAAAAUAUUGGGUAGGAUAUUUUUAACUGUGGAAUUUACAAAAUUGUUCUUCGAUUCGAUGAAGUUAACGAUGCACAAACGAGAUGUAUAUGUUAAGUAGAUUUUUCUCAGAAACCUUUCUUUGCCAAUUGUGUGAGAGAUAUUGAUGAAAAAUGAUGAUUUGUUUGACAAUGGAUUUUGAUCAUUUUUUUUUUUCUUUUAAUAAACUAUUUACGACAUUUCUACACGAACUCCUGAUUUCUUUCAUUCUGGGGAAUGAUAUUGUAAUUUCGAAUGGAUAAUGAUUACAUUUAUUCGUAAAAAUAAUUAUACUCUGAUAAAAAUAAAAUAUUACAUUUACUCCAUUCUUUAUUAAAAAAAGAAAUUGUUAUAUACAUCUAUGAAAAUUCGUGAUUUCUGACAAAUUUUCCAAGAAACCAGCAAUCAAGUUUAUCUAAGAAGAAGCAUAGACAACGCAUACGAUUAUACACACAUCGUUUAAUAGAAAUAAACCUUUCCGACCAAUGAAAACGAAAGCAUCGACGUCCAAUCGCGUAAGACCGACAACAAGAACAACGAGUUCCGAUUGGCCGGUGGAAACACCGAUUCACACGAAGCCCACUGUCGAACCCAAGUACGGUUAAACAUCGAUGCGUUCUAACGGAUCAUCAACCGUUAUUUACCCAACGGAUUAUCGAAGCAAAACUUUCAUCGCGGAAUUAAUUUCUCUGUUAUUCGUCGCGCUUCUUCCAAAUCGUGUACUUGGAUUCGCUCUGUGUACAAUCUCAAAACUGUGUGUUUCCAUUCUCGAACGAGAAGAAGCCGUAUACUUUCCUCGUUCAACCCGUGCCCGGGUUUCCAUCGAAUAAAAAAUCCGAGUGGCGUGAAAUAAAAGCAGGAAAUCGGGGGAAGAGCAUCAUGUCCGAGGGUCGGCGCGAGCCCAGCGAGGUUGGAACGAGCUUGGAUCGAGAGAACCCGAAUCUAACCCCGUCGAGCGACGUGGACCUGAGCCCGAGCAUAGAAGAGCUGAUAGAAAGGAUCAAGAUCCUUGCUCUGGAGACGCCGAGGCCGCACAACAAGUUGCCAAGAGCUCCCUUCCCCACCCCCGCCAAGGCGUCCCCGGACGGUAGAGCGGAGAACAACCCUCCUUUCUCCUCCUCGUUCACCGAGGACGGCCAAGAGUUGGGGUUGAAGAGGUUGAGGAGAGCGAUAGAGAAGCGUUUCGGUGCGAAGCGUUUCCAGAGUCCUGGAAGAGGGAGCUCGUCCAACAAGCACUUCGUGGUGGACAACAAACUGUUGGCUACGAUGCUCACCGCGGAGCAUCAACGUCGCCAGAGGAUGGAGUGGGAUCUGGAGGUGGAGAGGGCCGAGCAGGUGACCCCUGUCGACGAGGAUCAUCCUGUGACGAUCCUCGACAACCAUCAUCGAUCCAACUCGAUCUUCAGCCCGAAGACUCGAAGCGUGGUCUCGGACGCCUCCGUGCACGUGGCGAAGGGCUCGCCCUGCUCGGAGAUAGACAGCUCGUCCGAGUUUCAACACGAGGGGGAUGCGGCCGCGUUGUCCCUCGAGUACAGCCUGCGCGAGGUGUCCGAGGUGUUCUCCGUCUUCGUCAAGUGCAACAAGUGGAUGCUGAGGAGCAGGAUGGCGAGCCCUGUCGGUGGCGCGUCGUUGGACAAGCGGGAUUUGGUGGGGGCGGAUAUUUUCAGGCAGGCGGUGGACGUGAGUUUCGGGGACGCGACCACGUACGAGCAGAGGGAGUUGAUAUACGACAGCUACAUGCGCACCAUAGACACGAGCCAGGGCCAGUUGGAGGAGGUGGCGUGCGACGAUUCUUCCUUCCGUGCACUCCCUGAUCGCACCUCCUUUGGGUCGAGCAGAGAGAGCGAUAAACGGGAGAAGGAGGCGGAAGUGGAGGUCGGUGAGGAUGGGACGAACGAGGAGGGGAAGAGGGACGAUGAAGAGUCCGUCCACGAUCGCUCCGCGUGUUUUCGUUCUCGGUUGUCUUUGAAGUUCGACAAGCGGGAAGAAUGGAAGGAAGAGGAGGAGGAGGAGGAUUCCAAGAAUGUUUCGAAAGAUGGGAAGAGGAGCGUUGAUCAUUUCGAAAGGAGAGGGGAUGAAAGGGAGAAGGAAUAUCUGGACGAGAUUUUUGCACCGGUUGGAGAAAGGGAGAAGGAAGAAGAAGAAGAAGACAGAAGCAAGGAGGAGAUGAAGUCAACGGGGAGACGGAAGUGGCGUAGCUUGAGCGAGUACGACAACGAGUCCUCCUCGACGCCGUUGAACGAGGGAUCCGGGAAGAGGAGGACUUUCUCCGAGUCGGACGUUUUGAACGCCAGCCUGUUCAUAAGCGACGACUUUCUCUCCGAGGAUUACAUCAGGAAAUUGGAGAGAUCCGUGUCCCUGGUGAACGAGAUGACGAGCAACGUGUCCCAGCAUCUUGCAAGGAGCGAUACAUCGGCCAAACUUUCGAAGGAGAAGUUGGAAGAGAAAGAAGAGGAAGAAGAAGAAGAGGAAGAGGAGGAGCAAGCAGAGGAGGAACAAGCAGAGGAGGAAGAUGGUUCGUCGGAUGAUCUCGCGAAAUGUUCGAGGAGGGAAUCGUCGAGGUCCACGUCGUCGGCAGAUUCCGUGGACGUUUUGGGGAGAAAGAUCGGCAAAGGGAGGAAAUUUCAAUUGAAUUUGAGGGAGGAGGACGAGCAGGAGAGUUUGCCCGACUCGACCAAGUGCACCAUGGACUCGAACAGCGUCCAUUCCGAUAAUCUGUCCCUGGAUCUUGACGAUGUUUACGACACGAUCCAAAGAUCCGAAAGGAUCCCGUCCUCGUGCGCGAUCGACACGAUUGAGAGCAGGAUGAGGGGGGAGGAUAAGAGAGGGGAGGAGAAGGUUGAAAUGGGGGGCGAGUUUGGCUCCCUCUCCGACAGCGUUUACUUCACCCCUCCUGCUGAUCAAGCAUCGUCCGACGGCAAACCCUCUUCCAAAAUUGUUAUUACCACGGAUACGAGCGAAAAGCCGUCGAGGGGGGCCGAGUCGUGCGCGAAAGAGGGCGACGACGACGUUUUCGAAGACGUGGGCUCGAUGAAACCUUGCGAAAGACGGAACAGCUUUCACUCGUUCCUGAACAGGAUAUUCAAGCAGAGAUACGGGACGAUGAGAGGAGGGACGGCGAACGAGUCGAGAAUCUCGAACGAGGAUGAGAAUAAGAAUACCGUGAAGCUAAAUGUCGUGGACGGUGAAAGAAUUUCGAGGGCAAAGCGUGGCAGGGGGAGGAUAGAUGUGCCGGAGAGAUGUAGGCCAGGUAAUUUGUUUAUCGAGGAGAUGAAUCAUUUUCCAACCACCGCUGUUCUUCUCGAAAUCUUAUCGCUUUGUUGGUUACUGGAAUACGAAUUUUUUAAGUCAAGUCUUCUCUUGUUUGAUUUCACAGAUCUGUGGAAUUUCGAUGCUGUACAAAUUUAUAUAUGUAAUAGUUGAAGGAAGAAUCUCUAUUAAAGUUUGAAUAUCUAUUAUAAAUUCCUCCACGUAUGGAACAGUCUCGAUGUCUCGAGAAACACAGUCCAACUUUGGAUCUGUGGACAAAUUUUUUCGUAAAUUUAAAUAACUCUAUCUUCGUCGAGAAAAAAGAAAGUACACUUCAAAUAUUCGUAUGGAAAAAAACUUUUCGAAUAUCUCGUCGUAAAAAUUCCCGUAAAAGGGGUGAAGGACGGCGUCGAUUUAUCUGUACGCGGUUGAAAACGCGGCGAUGGUAUCGAUGGAAAAGCGGGAUUACAAUGUGCCACCGAUGGUUUGUCUUCCCCCUUUGAAACCGACAAAACGGCAAUUUAUAACGGGCGACGAUAAGGGCAACCGGGCUAUAAAUCAUCCCCGAAGAAAGAGAGGCCGCGAACGAAAUGUAUGCGUAGCAUUAAUUGGAAAAGAUAACAGCGGUGAUCGUUCUUGAUUACAUUGCCGCUUACGAUGGCGCCACGAUCAAUAUUUAUCAAUAGUUAAUUAUCGCAGGCGAGGAACACGCGGUGAGCAGAAAGUAUAACAUACAAGAUCGAAUCAUAGUUGAUUUUAGGCUGGUAAUUUACGUGCAUAGUCUCUAAUAAAAGUCGGGAAAUAAUCUUUAUUGACGAUUACUUUAGAAAGUAAUUGUGGAAUAUAUUUAUGGAUAACUGUUUUUGGGAAACAAUUAAAAAAUUAUUAAAUGAUUUUUAUCUUGUAAUCAUUUUUUGUUUCAGUAAUAUUUCUUCGUAGGUUUUAAGUUUGGAUUAAUAAAUAACUUUUUUUUAAUUUGAAAUUCUUUACUGGUUCCAAACUUUCGUGUUAGAAAGAUGAUUGAAGCUUUUUCCCGGAAAUUGCAUGGUUGCGAUAAAGUUAGAAUAAUUUCUGAAACGGAUCCUUCGAUGAUAUGAAACGUGACUUCGUCGCUGAUCUCGAGAUACGGAAUUUACGGAUGUGUUCUUUUCUUUUCUUUAAGGAUCUUUGGAGGAAAAUUGAUGGCAAUAAUCAAUAAUCUAAUCUAUAACCAUAAAAACAAAUCCUCUUCCAUACUUAAUUACACAAAAAUGCAAAUCAUCUUUAACGAACAAUUCUUGGAACAAUUAUUAU